AUAUAAGUCCAUAUUUUGUAGUAGAAUUGCUGCACAUAGAGAGAAACACUCAAAUUAUUUUAAGCAAAUUAAUAACAGUAAAAACGCAAACGGUUUUAUGUAUUAAGUGACCGAGUUCUAUUUAUUUAUUUUUUUAAGUGUGUAAACUGUUAUUUUGCACUCGUGCUACUUUUGUGUGACUUUUGCUUGCAUGGCGCGUGUUUCGCUGUUAAAGACUACACUGUUCACCCCCUGUCGCGCCAAUGCAGCGCAACAAUUGCAAUAAAAUAAUGUUGACGCACUGAUCAACGUCAACAAGCGGAGAGACAACAAUCGACAAUCGUCUGACGAAACUGGUUCGUAGCCCGACCCAAGGGCAGAGAGAGAGAGAGAGCAGAGAGUAGAGAGCAGCGUAGCGCAUCUCAAGAAUGUCGGACCAGCAACGUGCCUCGUUAUGCCCUCGCCUCGUCGACUAUAUGGCCAUUGUGGGGGCGCACACGCCGCCGCCAAUGCCCAAGGGCAUGCAGGGCAGCAAGGGGCCGCCUGUGCAGGUGCCCGAUUUGUUGCGACGAUAUCCACCAUCGGAUCACGCGGACUUUCCGCUGCCGCUGGACAUGGUCUACUUUUGCCAGCCCGAAGGUUGCACCAGUGUGGGACCGCGACGCACUGGUUCCGCCAUACGUGACAUGACCUCAUUUGUGUUCGCGCUAACCGACAAGGAUUCGGGCAAGACGCGCUAUGGCAUCUGUGUGAAUUUCUAUCGACCCAUCGAGCGGCCCAGCUCGAUUGCAGCAGCGGGUGCCGGCACAGGGACGGACCGGGGCGGUCUGAUGGGUGGCAAUGGGGGGGCUGGUGGACAUGGUGCUGGCGGCGGUGCUGGCGGAGCGCGUGGUCGUCGUUCAUCGGCAUUCCGGCGGGAGUCGUGGCGGAAGAGCAUGGAGCGCAGCUCGGACUCGGCAUUUAGCAGUUACGGCCUCUUAACUACUUCUAGCGACUACAGAAGUAACGUUGCGCCCAGCGAUUCGGAUCGUGAACUGACCUCGCGUCGCGACUCCGACCAGCAACGUCUCCACGCGCAUCAUCCUCAAGCGCAAGCAGGCCCCAAACUGGGCCUGAUGGCACCCUCAGCUGAUUCCGAAUCGGGGGGCAGUCACUCACCGUCGCCGCGUGCAUCUCGCAAGCGGACCAAGCUACGCAAUCAAUCGCUCACAUCGCUCUGCAUCAUAUCGCAUCAUCCGUUCUUCACCACUUUCCGUGAGUGCCUCUUCAUACUGAAGAAGCUGAUCGAUGCUUGCAACGAGUCGUCGUCGCCAAAACGUGUCGGCGCCUCACAAAAACUCAAUCGGGACAAUGUGUGGACGGUGCUGACGGGACAUGUCAGUGAAGCGACACCAUCCAUUGUGCUGCACGAUGUGCGCGAGAUCGAGACGUGGAUUCUACGUCUGCUCUCCACACCAGUGCCGGUGCCGGGCUCCACGCGAGUCGAGGUGGAGGUGCUGUCGCCGACUGUGCAUGAACCUCUGCUGUUUGCACUACCGGAUCACACACGUUUCUCGCUAGUUGAUUUUCCGUUGCAUUUGCCACUGGAGCUGCUGGGUGUGGAGACGUGCCUGAAGGUUUGGACACUGAUCAUACUGGAGAACAAGGUGCUCUUUCAAUCGCGCGACUAUAAUGCCCUCUCAAUGUCGGUAAUGGCAUUUGUGACCAUGCUGUAUCCGUUGGAGUACAUGUUUCCAGUGAUACCCUUGCUGCCCACAUGCCUCAGUUGUGCCGAGCAGCUGCUGCUCGCCCCCACGCCCUUUGUCAUCGGUGUGCCGGCCUCAUUUCUCAUCUAUAAAAAGAAUUUUAGGCUGCCCGAUGAUAUUUGGGUGGUGGAUUUGGAUUCGACGAAGCUGACACCGCCAACGGGUGGCUACGAUGAGAUACCCCCAUUGCCCGAACCCGAGGGCACAAUACUGAAGAAUCAUUUGAAACAGGCUAUGCUACUUAUGGAUGAAGCUGGACUUGGUGCAUUAACCUCGAUGACGGCCUCCAAUCAAGCCGUUUCCUCACAGCAGCUGUUGCCAUCAGUGCGUGAUAGUCUACAAGAGCCGCCACUUUUGGGGGUCUCACAGGUGCGUCUGCCAUUGCAAACGCCACCGCACUCGGCACAGACCAGCCAAAGGAACUCAGUGUCGGCACAGGGUGCUCUGAUGUCUCGUCAGCCCAGUCCUAUGAAUUCACCGGCAUUGAAUCCAUUUGUCUACGGCACCGAUGUCGAUUCGGUGGAUGUGGCCACACGUGUGGCAAUGGUGCGCUUCUUUAAUGCCCAAAAUACGUUGGCCAAUUUUGCGGAGCACACACGAACAUUGCGUUUAUAUCCGCGACCCGUUGUCGCCUUUCAAAUCAAUAGUUUCCUGCGAUCACGUCCACGCGCCUCAUCGUUCCUCAAUCAGUUUGCCCGCACGCAAGCGGUGGAGUUCCUUGCGGAAUGGUCGCUAACGCCCACAAAUGUUGCAUUCCUGCGCGUGCAGACGGGCGUCAUGGAUCCCAUGCAGGUGGGCGAUAAGCCCAAAUGGUUCGCCCACUCCCUGACGCCCAUACGUUUCUCUGUAUGGGAUGAUGGCAGCUCAUUGAAUGGCGCAUUGCGUUCCCUCAAACAGCUCGAGUGUCAGCCGACGGAUGAGAGCGGCUCGGACUCGGAAGGUGCCGACAGCAGCAGCUCAUCCUAUAGUUCGCUUAGUGACUUUGUCUCGGAGAUGGCCUCCUCGGAUUUGUCGCCCAGCUUGCAUGAUGUAUUUGGUUCAUACAAUCGGCCGCAUGUUGUGCCGCAGACAUUGUCCUCAAAUUUGGAUCCGGCGCUUGUCUACCAUCCGCCCAGUAAGCUGCAGUAUCCCGAGGGACUUGCCGGUCCUGCAAUUCGAAAAGAGGAUGAGGAACGUGCUGAUUCGCCCGUGUCCUCAUCAUCGAGUCGCUCAGAUCUCAGCUCGCCCAGCUUCAAUCGCGACUCUGAGUUUGACUUUCAGCCAAAGUCAGGACAGCAGUCGUCACAGGGCCCCUUUGAAUUGGCCACCCCGCUGGCCAUGCGACUGGAGGCGACCAUAAAAAUGGCCAGCCUGGAAGCCGAAUCUGAUACAACCUCAACCGGCAAGACUAUAGCCAGCAGCAAGUUACAACGCAAUACUAGCGAUCUGGAGCGUCCAGAGAAGAAGAUUCCGCCACCACUCACACCACCCGUUAAGCAGCCGAGUGUUACCAAUAUAUUGGCCCGGACUGGUAGUUCCGGCUCCAGUUCUAGUAGUCCGGGUCGCCAGAGCUCGCAGAGUUCGCUCUUUGAGAACUUUGCCUCGCAUGCCAAGGAGCUGGUGCGUGAGACCACCCGGCAGAGCAGCCAAGAGGGACUGCUCGCCCAUGUGGAUAAGCAUGCCCUGGACGAAGAUCUAGACGAUAAAAUGCGUCACACUUUUGAAAAGUUUACGCUGCAUGCGAAGAAGGCGGCUGGCGAGGCAUCCAAACAGGCGCUGGAGGUGUCCAAGCAGGCGGCUGGCGUUAGCAAGAACACGCUAGAGGAUCUCACUUAUGUGGGCAAAUCAACGUUGGGCGAUCUUACGAAGACGGCCAAGGAGGCGGCCACAAAGAAGGGUAUCAUUAAGAUUGAGGAACAUGGCCCUGCUGGCAGCUCCAAUGUCACCGUGCCCAUCACCAACUCUCAGGUGGCCACACAGAAGCAGGUGCAGCAAAGCGGCGGCAGUGCUGGCAACAAUUUCUUCUCCACCAUUGGCAGCGAUCUGGCCUCCUCCACAACAACAAUGUUCUCGGGCAUGUUUGGCAAGAAGAACCAGCAGAAGCAGGUGCAAGUGCCGCACACCAAACAAAAUGUGUCCAGCGCUAGAAAUAAGGCAGGCAUCAACUUUGAUCCCUUUCCCAGUCGAAAGGGACUUGUGGAACGGACGCCGCUCAUAAAGCAUGCCGGACCACGCCAAACACAGGAGGAGCUGACGCGUCAACAGAAUCAGGAACGUUCGCAUAGUAAUGCUGAGAAUCAGUCAUUCCUUAAGGAUGUCACCAACCAGGUGCUAGCCGGCGAGGGCGUUGGCUGGCUCAAGCUCAAUCGUUUCAGAAAGCUUAUGGAGGAUGAAUCCUAUCGCACGCUGGUGCUGAGCAAGCUCAACAAAACGCUGGACAAGAAAAUAGCACCCGAUGAUCACAUAGAUGAUGUGUGUGUGACGAAGCCCGUGUGGAAGGGCAUGCUGAAGUGUGUACAAGCAAUCGCUGGCGGAUUGGAUGUGACCUUUAGCAAUUUCGGGCUCGGUGGCAUGGCAUCGGUAUUUCAACUAAUGGAGGUGGCGCACACACAUUUCUGGAGCAAGGAGAUUAAUGAGGGUAGCGAUAUGUCAUCCAGUUUACUCUCGAGCCAUGCGGCUAGUCCGUUGGGCAGUCGUGAGAAUCUCCGCUCGCCUAGCAGCCCAAACGGUUCCCAUUCGGGUUUGGGCAGCGAAUGGGCAUCGCCACAGGAGUCGCGGAAGAGCUCAACGCAUACAGCACUCGCCGCGUCAGCAGCAACAACAUCGGCUGCAGCGCGUCGUCUAUCCUCGACUGAUAGCCAAGAUGGGCAAUCGACAACGGAGAUGUUCAAGGAUAUGUUGUCGCAAAAGAGAAGUGCCUUGAAGAAUAUGCUCACCUCGUUCGAUUCAGAUGCUGCUGGCUCCACAGGCGCCUUAUCCGUAGUCAGUGAUCUGCUGCCAGCUGGCAGUCUGAGCGUCCGCAUGCCAUCCAGCUGCCGUUCCACUGUCUCAGACACCGAAUACGAAAAUACAACCACAUCGAAAGAUUCGAAAAAGAGCGGAAAUCUGUGGUCUGGUAAAUCGACGCUUAGCGCUGGUUUUCGCUAUACAGGCGGACAUCUGAUCAAUACCUCGUCAUCGCCAUCGCCGGACAGUCCACGGGUUUAUCUAUUUGAGGGCCUUCUUGGCAAGGAUCGCCUUAAUCUGUGGAAUCAAAUGCAGUUCUGGGAGGAUGCCUUCUUGGAUGCCGUCAGUCAGGAGCGUGAUAUGAUUGGCAUGGAUCAGGGUCCCAUUGAGAUGAUGGAGCGCUACAAAUCGCUUAGCGAAUCGGAACGUAAGCGACUGGAGCAUGACGAGGAUCGACUACUGAGCACCAUGCUCUACAACCUGACAGCCAUAUUGGUUAUGCUAAAUGUGACCAAGGAUGAGAUCAGACGCAAGAUACGACGUCUGCUCGGCAAGAGUCACAUUGGACUCGUCUAUUCGCAGGAGGUGCACAAUGUGGUCGAUCAAAUUAACAAUCUAAAUGGCAAUGAUAUCGAUCUGAAGCCUUUGGGUUCACGACUGCUGCACCGCCAGAGCUUCACCGUUCAUCAGGGCAUCGAUGUGAAUGGGCCGCUCCGUUUCAUGGAGGUGCGCGAUGAUGGCCUCGUACUGCGCUCUGUGGAUGGCACCAUUGUGGAGCGCUGGUGGUACGAGCGUCUCGUCAAUAUGACCUACUCACCCAAAACGAAGCUACUCUGUCUCUGGCGUCGCAAUGGUGGCCAGACCCAACUGCACAAAUACUACACACGAAAGUGCAAGGAGCUAUAUAAUUGUAUAAAAGAGGCUAUGGAGCGAGGUGGCACACCCACAAAUGUACCCGAAUUGGGUGGUGAGUUUCCCGUACAGGAUAUGAAUACGGGAGAGGGCGGUCUGCUGCAGGUCUGUCUCGAGGGUGUCGGUUUGUUGUUCUCCAACAGCAAGGAUUUCGAGUUUUUUGUGCGUUUGGAUCACAUACGCAAAUGCUUCACACAGAAGGGCGGAAUAUUUGUAUUGGAAGAGUACAAUCCCAAGACCCGAAAUCUUGUCCAGCGGAAAUAUCAGUCAAGCAUGUCCGAUCAGAUAUGCUAUUCGGUGUUGUGCGUCUUCAGCUAUGUCGCCGCUGGACAGGAUCAGAAGAAGAAUCCGGUCGUAAUAACACCACAAAUACAGGACAUACACGCACAGCACAAGCAAAAGCAUCAGCAAAAAUCGAACUCAGCAACAAUUGCAGCAACAACAGUGACAACAACUGUGACCACAACGGGAGUUGCAGUUGCUGGUACAGCUCAGCCACCGUCACCGUUGCAGUUGCAGUCGCAUUCGCCGCGUGCCGCAAUCACAAACAUCAUCAACAUCAACAGCAGCGGUAACGUUGGCAAACAGCAGUCACUGGGCACUGUUACCAUACGCCAUACGUUGCCCAUGCAGAAGCCCACCAUAACCAUGUCAACGGUGCAGCCGCAGGCAAAGCUACCAGGAACAGCAACCACAGCAACAGCAACAGCAACACCAACGCCCACACCGAUACCGAUGUCGACGCCAUCGUCUGCCCAACAUUUGCCGCAGUUGCCGCCUCGUGUGCCAUCGCAGCCAUCCACAGAGAGUUUGGCCAGCAUUAGCUCAUCAUCGCCGCCGUCGCAUAAGCAGCGGAUUGCAGCACCGCUCGGUCCACCACCAGCGAUACCGCCACGCACCGGCGCCAUUGCCCGCAGCGUUUCCAUACAAACGCCGCCAAGCGGUCGCAGCUCGUUUGUGCGUCAAGCGUCGGCGAAUUCAACGCCGCCGCAAUAUACGCCGCAGCCGCCGCCACCAUUUGUCAUACCCAAGCGUCUGGCGCGCGCAUCGACACUAACCGCAGCACCACAACAGCAACACCACCAACAUCAGCAACACCAACAUUAUCAACAGCAACAGCAGCAGCAGCAGCAGCGCGCCAGUUACGGCAGUGUCGCCGCUGCGUUGCAGUCAAUGCCCGAGGCCGUUGCCAACGCUGGUUCGCAUUCCCAUUCCAAUUCAAGUUCCACUUCCAAUUCCACAUCGAAUUCCAGCACUGGUUACGUUGCAGGUGCAUCGCCUCAGGCCCAUCGCAAGCACUGACGAAGGAGUUCAUUUUUCAAAUUUAGUAGUGGUUCAGGUGGUGGUGCUGCUAGUGGCGGGA